AGAAGAGUUAGUCCCACAAGCACAAGACAAUGAAAGCCCAUAUAAAAGUAAGAGUGUAAAUCCGACCCGGAGACCAGGAACACAACCGAAGCUCCAGUUUAAGGGUUUUAGAAGGCUUCUCGCGUCAUUCAGCCGUCAUUCACAAACUCGAAGCCUGCAAAUUUCCGCUCGAUCUCCAAUCAUGGGGUCAUACAAGUGCGCUCUGCAGUUAUGGAGGAGAAAGCAGCAAUCAGGUUUAGUUGGGGUUUUGCCAAAGAUUUCAAGGGCUUUCCACACCCACAAGACAAAUUCAGAUCAGCUACUGGGCAUUGUGCAAUCAGGUGUUGUAAGGCAGUCUACUCCUCGCUCAAGUCAUUUGACCAGGGGCAUAAUCGGAGCCGAUGGGAUUUCGGUUCUGUCCGGAAGGAAGUUUACUAGAGAAUUAAUCAAUGCUAAGUGGGCUCCAUUACAACUUACAAGAAACUAUGGAGCAAACAAUGUCGUUGCUCGCUUUAGUAGAACCAUGUGUUCAGCAGCUUCACAGAAACCGCGAAAAACUCCAUCUGAGACUAAGAAAGCCAUAACUACUGUGGAGGAGCCUUUUGAUGAUGCUCCUACAUACAAUAUCCCUCAGAAGCCACUGACAUUUGUUGCGGGGGCAUCCUAUAGUGUUGCCAUUCUUAUAGGGUUUGGAGUUGCUGGCUUGGCAGCAUACUCUGUUUUCAAGGAGCUUAUAUUUGAACCAAAAGAGUAUAAAAUCUUUAACAAGGCGCUUAAACGGAUUCAAGAUGAUGCUCAGGUUAGAAUGAGGAUUGGAUUCCCUAUUAAAGGAUAUGGUCAAGAAAGUAGAAAUCGUGCUGCUCGACAACGCAUUCCAAACAGAAUCUGGACUGAUGAAGAUGGUUUAGAGCAUGUAGAGGUCAAUUUCUAUGUUCGUGGGCCACACGGAGGUGGGAAAGUAUUUGCUGAGAUGUUCAAAGACACAGACAAGAGAUGGAAAUACACAUAUCUGGUUGUCGAGACAACAUCACCUUCCCAGUCACGUCUGAUGCUCGAGUCCUAUCUGCCGGAGUUCAAGCCAGUCCCCUAGUUGCUGGUCAACAAGGUGUACCAAAUUCCCUAGAGUUUAGUCCUGUUAAUAGUCCCUCUCUUCUCUUAUCUUUUCCCCCAGGAAAAGGGUUAGUGCUGCUCUUCCCUAACUCUUCCGGAACAGUACCAAGCUUCACCUUUUGAGUCCUUGUCUUAUUUAUGAACUCGCAUGAUAAAAAGUUAAGAGUUUUGAUACACAAUGACUCGGUUAUUUUUGCAUAUUGUUGUUCAAGUGGUUGGGUUUUGCAAUUAGAGAAAGUGCAUGUUGCUGUUUUAAGCAAGGAAAAGAGCAUGUGCAUUUUAUUGCAAAUACUUUCUUAUUUCUUUUUUCUUUGUUAGUCCAAAAACAAGGGAAAUGUGAAAUAUUUGCCUUUCGCUCAAUGGUGUAACUUAUUUCUUGAAACUUCUAUGGUUCAUGGUCCUAGAAAAAUCCUUCUGUAAAACUCGAAGGGUUUCUGUAAUCUAAUAAAAACUAGAGUGCCUCAUUUAUGUUU